AUGUACGACAACAAGAAAGACGCCGAUCACAUCGGCCCCGAGCCCAUCUCGAAUAUGAUGAUGGAUGCCGAUAUCGAUGAUCGCGAGAAGCAGAUCUACCAGGGUGGCAUGGAGAAGUUCAGUCGGUUAGGAUGGAAGCGUCUGACCAUUGUUCUGAUCGUCGAGGCUGUUGCUCUGGGAAGUCUUUCGAUUCCCUCCACGUUCGCGACUCUCGGUAUGGUGGCUGGUGUUAUCUGCUGUGUUGGCAUCGGUCUCAUUGCUGUGUACACGAGUUACAUUAUCGGUCAGGUCAAGGUCAAGUUCCCGCAUAUCUCCGACUACCCUGAGGCUGGUCGUCUGAUGUUUGGUCGGUGGGGAUACGAGAUUAUGUACAUCAUGCUGGCCUUGGAACUUCUUCUUUCCGCCGGAUCACACUGUCUGACCGGAACGAUUGCAUGGACCAACAUCACCGGCAGCAGCGUGUGCGCCGUUGUCUUCGGAGUCGUGUCUGCCGUUAUUCUGUUCCUCUUCGCCAUCCCGCCCAGCUUCUCUGAGAUGGCUAUUCUGGGAUAUAUUGAUUUCGCCUCAAUCAUCAUUGCCAUUGGUAUCACCAUUAUUGGAACCGGUGUUGAGGCCCACAAUUCGGCUGGUGGACUCUCUGGUGUGGACUGGUCUGCUUGGCCCAAGGAGGGAAUCACUUUCGCCGACGCCUUCAUUGCCCUUUCCAACAUCAUCUUCGCUUACAGCUUUGCGCUUUGCCAAUUCUCUUUCAUGGACGAAAUGCACACCCCCACCGACUUCCCUAAGUCGAUCUGGACCCUGGGUUUGGCUGAGAUCUUUAUUUAUACCAUCACUGGUGCCCUCUGCUAUGCUUUCAUUGGACAGGAUGUUCAGAGCCCUGCCCUGCUGUCCGCUGGUAGCUUGCUUAGCCGGAUCGCCUUUGGUAUCGCUCUGCCAGUCAUCUUCAUCAGUGGAUCCAUCAACACGGUCGUUCUGGGACGACUGAUUCACGGCCGUAUAUUCGAAGGAUCGACCACCCGCUUUAUCAACACCAAGAUGGGUUGGGCUACCUGGCUCGUAUUGAUCCUUGUCCUCACCAUCCUCGAGUUCGUUGUCGCAGAAGUUAUUCCCUUCUUCGAUGAUCUGCUCUCGGUCAUCUCUUCGCUCUUCGUCUCCGGUUUCACUUUCUACUUCCCAGCGAUCAUGUGGUUCAUGUUCAUCCGCGAAGGCAGCUACUUCAAGCCCAAGAACAUAGCUCUUGGCUUGCUCAAUCUUGCCAUUCUGAUCAUUGGUCUGGUUGUGCUAGGUGCCGGAACCUACGCCAGUGUUGUCGAUAUUAUCAACUCCUAUGCAGAGGGUACCGUCGGAGGUGUCUUCUCGUGCACCGCCUCAUAG